AUGGAACACAACACAAGGGAGGAGGAACGGGACUUGACUCACCUGCCGUUUCCCAAACCGAUCCCCGUCGAGGACUUCAAUGACCCCGCUGUCAUCAAUAGGAGCCCCGACGAUGAGCUGCCAAGUUGCGGGGGACACGGCACUUUAGAGAUUCUACAAGUGGCAAAGCUACUAGAUGCAGCUGGCGUUACCUGUUGUCUCGUUGGUAUUUCCGCUCUGAUCUACUACGGCGCCGGAAGGGACUGGGAGGUGUGCGUGCCCACAGAACAGCUUGAAGAAGUGUCUGCACUUCUGGGCUCAGCCGCCACUUACGAAACUUAUGCGCCACGCCCACCCGCCCCGCGGUCGCUACUGCACACUUUCCCCCGGUUCAAAGUCGUAAACAAAGCACUGUGCUUCACAUUGAUCCCCUCGGAAGACGCGCACAUCGAAUGCGUAUCCCCCAAUGUUGAGCGUAGCCACAUGGGUCUCCCGUACCCGAUACUAGAAGUAUUCGCACAAAGUCUUCUCGACACCAACGAUAUGGUUGCACUCACAGACCUUAUAGACGGCAUGAAUCUGACCGAAGAAUGGGGCUUAGAGCAUUUGAACCUUGACGCCGAAAAUGAUUUAGCGUGGGUAUGGCGAAAGAACGAGAAGAUCCGGGCUUCGGUCCCACUUGACUUCACCUCGUGUCUCCUGGAAAUUCCAAACAAACCGAUCAAUCUGAAAGAGUCCUGGAAUGACACUGUCCGAACCAAGGAGCGUCGUAUUGGCGCGGAAUUGGCCGAGGGAUAUUGGGCCACGCGGUUUCGUGGUGUAGCAUCCCCGGAUCCAAGGUCUACGGAGAGGGACUACGUAUAA